AUUUUCUGGACUGUGCUUCAGAUUGCUGAAGAGAUGUAGGCCUACUUAAAUAUUAAUGAUACUUCUAACAGUUACAAUUAUAUUGUCUACUAACAUUCAGAGCGACCUGUCCUGGGUUUGCUGUGGGCGGAACUACAAAACGUCUACAAAACAGACGUACUGCAUCUUUCAAACUCCAGUGCAAGACGAGCGCUUCAAGUAUGCCCUCUGCAGACGUACACAAGCAGUUUUAGCAAAAGUGAACCAUGGAAAAUUCAGGCAGGCCUUACCGGGGUAGGCAAGGCGGAUGGGAGAGAGGAGCAGGAGCAGGAGCAGAGAGAGCAGAACCCUGGAGGACCCCGGAUCAGGGUCGAGGACAGAAUUACAGAUCGGAGGGAGGCAAGAACCAGGGUGGACCCUACCGGGCCAGUCCCAAGAAGGGAGGAAUGGGGCCCAUGGGCUACUCCCCUGGUGGAUUCAGAGGUGGUCACAGCCCCUCACAAAAGGAUGACCCUCGGUGGUCCUCGGGUCCUGAGAACAGUGGUGGGACACGAGAGGAAAACUGGAGAGAGCGCUCCCAGCAACAAUGGAGGAGAAGUAACCAGGGAGAAGGGCCAAGGGACGACCGGGAGCAGGGAGGGAGAGAUGAAAAUGAUGGGAGGAGACGGAGAAACAGAAACAAGAAUAGAGCUUAUGCUGAAGAGAACAUGGGCCCUCUGAUUGACGAGUCCACACUCUCAGCCAAAGAGCUGCAAACCCUUCGACAGGCAGAGAAGCGGCUUAACAAAGAUGAGAUCUACAGCCUGAAGAAGAGGUCCCACAGCAACCCCAGUGCACUUUACACCUGCUCUCUGUGUGACGUUCUGCUGGAGUCUGUGUCUGACGCUUACAGACAUAUCAGAGACAAACGGCACAAGAAGAGGGCCAGGGAGAGGCAAGAGCAGGUGAUGCUCACUGAGAUUCUGCCUCCUGGUCCAGAGCUGAUCAGUGCAGUGAGUGCAGCAUUAGAGGAGGUUGUCCGGGAACAUGGGAUGAAUGACCAGGAUGUUGAGAUGAGACAAUGUGUUGUCUCCAUGAUGCAAGACCUCCUUCUGUCCGUCCUGCCUGAGAUCAGGCUCAGGCUAUAUGGAUCCUCCUGCACCAAGUUUGGAUUUAAGGAUGCUGACGUCAAUAUUGACAUUCAGUAUCCGGCUCAUAUGCAUCAGCCAGACGUCUUGUUGCUGGUCAAGGAGAGCCUCUCUGUGAGCCCUAUUUUCGUUGACAUGGAAGCUGAUUUCCAUGCCAGGGUGCCUGUGGUCAUGUGCAAAGAGAAAAAGAGUGGCCUGACCUGCAGAGUGAGUGCUGGGAAUGAAAACGCAUUCCAGACCACCUCCUAUCUUUCUGCUCUGUCCAGUCAGGAGCCCCUUCUCCUCCCACUGGUUCUGGGCCUAAGACGCUGGGCAAAGAUCUGUGAUAUCGACCGUGCAGAGGAAGGUGGGCUGCCCCCGUACGUCUUCGCCCUCAUGGUUAUCUACUUCUUACAGCAGCGCAAAGAGUCCCUCUUGCCAACCUACCUGAAACAAGAGAUUAAGGUGUUUUCACUGAGCAGGCUGUCGGACUUCAACCUCACACACACAGAGGAUGGUCACGUACACUGGGCUUACACCCCUGCCUCUAAAGAACAGCCAGCAGAGGGCUCCUGUAUUAAAGGAAAGGUUUCCCUGGUGUUCCAGAGCCCUCACCCGCCAGUGGAAGUUGGGCUUCUCUGGGUGGAAAUGCUCCGCUUCUACUCACUGGAGUUCGACCUGGCUGAUAAAGUAAUCAGUGUGCGGACCAGCCCUGUCCUCUCUCGAGAGCUGAAAGACUGGCCAAAGAAACGUAUCGCCGUGGAGGACCCAUUUUCUGUGAAGAGGAAUGUGGCUCGCACCGUGAACAGCCAACAAAUGUACGAGUACAUCGUCCACUGCCUCAAGAACACCUACAAGUACUUUGCCCUGCCACUCAACACGCCAGCUGCUAAUGUCAAGACAAAGGCACAGCGUGGAGGGGCAAACGCAGAGGCUUCCAAUGCAUCGGAUAUCACAUCAGAUUUCAGUGAGCUCAGCGUCCAGUCACAACCUGCAGAUCAACCUAAAGCUGGAGAAAACGGCCCUGAAGACUCCGAUUGCAUUAUUGAAGAAGAAGAGGAAGUUGAAGAAUUCAGUGACUCGGAUGAAGAACGAGAGAAGGAAAAAGUUGACCAGGGUAAAAGCAGUCUCUCUGAGGAUGAAGAGGAUGAGGAUAACAAUGAGGGUGCACAUAGCAGACAUCACUUGGACAGCUUCACCACAGAGGAUGAGGACAUUUUUCCCGUGGACGAGAUCUCAGGGGACGAGCUUUUGUCUGAUGAGGAGGGUCCGGAUCUGGACACACCGGGUUCAAUGGAUGACGAAGAGGUGGAUAUGGAACCUGUGAGCCCCUCACCAGCAACUUUAUCAGAAGAUGCAGUUAAGGAUCAGAGCGCAGAAAAUAAAAAGCAACAGAAGAAGAAGCAGACCUAUGUGUUCACCAAGCAAGCGUUCACCAGGGGAAAGUCCCACAUGGUCGUGUGCAGUUUGUGCAAGCGCGACGGACAUCUGAAGAAAGACUGUCCCGAAGAUUUCAAGAAAGUGGAGCUGGAUCCUUUGCCCUCAAUGACACCAGAGUUUCUCGGUGUCCUCAACAAAGUCUGUGAACAGUGCCUCACUGACUUCGCCCCUGAUGAGCUGGAAGUGGGUGUUAGAGAGCACAUCCUUCAAGACCUGGAGACCUUUGUCAGGCGGCAGUAUGCAGGAGCCCGGCUACAACUGUUCGGUUCAUCAAAAAAUGGCUAUGGCUUCAGGCAGAGUGACCUAGACAUCUGCAUGGUGCUGGAGGGGCAGGAGACAAUGGAUGACAUUGACUGCAUCAGCAUAAUCGAAAGCUUGGCGAGGAUGCUGAGGAAACACCCAGGCCUGAAGAACAUCCUGCCCAUCACCACAGCAAAAGUGCCCAUCGUGAAGUUCUACCAUGUUCGCACCGGCCUGGAGGGUGACAUCAGCCUCUACAACACUCUGGCCCUGCACAACACACACCUGUUGGCUUCCUAUGCUGCCAUCGACAGAAGAGUGAAGAUCCUCUGUUAUGUCAUGAAGGUUUUCGCCAAGAUGUGUGACAUUGGCGAUGCUUCACGCGGCAGUCUCUCGUCCUACGCUUACACCCUCAUGGUGCUGUUCUUUCUCCAGCAGAGAAACCCACCGGUUAUCCCGGUGCUGCAAGAGAUUUAUGAUGGAAAGAAGAAGCCGGAGGUGCUAGUUGAUGACUGGAACGUGUACUUCUUUGACGAUUUAAAAACGCUUCCCAGUCGCUGGCCACAGGGUGGGAGGAACACUGAGACGGUGGGGGAGUUGUGGCUCGGCCUGCUCCGCUUUUACACCGAGGACUUCGACUUCAGAGAGCAAGUGAUCUGUAACCGUCUGCACAGCUGCCUCACCACCUUCAACAAGCAGUGGACGUCCAAAUACAUCGUCAUUGAAGAUCCGUUUGACCUGAAUCAUAAUCUCGGUGCUGGCCUGUCCAGGAAAAUGACUAACUUCAUCAUGAAGGCCUUCAUCAACGGCAGGACAGUGUUUGGCACACCAGUCAAAGCUUUCCCUCCUGCGUACCCCAGCAAGAUGGAGUAUUUCUUUGAUCCUGAAGUCCUCACUGAGGGAGAAGUGGCUCCAAAUGACCGCUGCUGCCGCAUCUGUGGCAAGAUCGGCCACUUCAUGAAAGACUGUCCCCUGCGCAAAAAGUCCAGGCACAGAAGGGACUCUGAGAAAAGGCCAGAUCACAUGAGAGACACAGCUGAGGACGGCAAGGACCAGGGCAGACACAGGGGUGAGCACUGGAGGAAAAGGGAUGCACAGGAAGUGCGCUGCUGCUUCCUGUGUGGAUCAAGUUCCCACAUGAAGAAGGACUGUCAGCUGUACAGAAGCCCUGCAGGAAAUGCCAGGAUGGAUGGCUUUUCUUCUACCUCUUCAGGCCACUUGAGGAAUGUGAGAGAAAAGGAGAGACAGGGUUCACCUUUACAAGAAGAGAAAAAGAAGAGAAAACCACAGAAUGUGAUAUUAAGUCCACAAGCGGGGCUGUUGAGAAGAGAAAACGAAAGCAAGAAAUGUUUGAAGCAGGUUCAGGUCUAUCUAUCUUCCUCUGAACUCCAGGUAGUUUAGCCUCCCGAAAUGCGGGUCGCUCUGGUCACAGGAAGAGUCCGGUGGAAUGAGCUGCAGCUGUGGCUACACAAGCCAGGGACUCUACUCUUGUCCAGGCAGAAAGCAACCCAAAGUCUCAGAAACCAUUGAAUCUCAAUGGGACUGUUGGGCCAAUGGGAGCCUGUUAAAAGCCAAAGCCAGGACGCCUUGACUUGAAGCCAAAUAGGGCCUUUUUACGUGUUUCACCCCCCCCUAUCCCACCCCACCCCAACCCAACCCAACCCAACCCAACCCAAAGCUGUCCUCCCUGGAGGAGCUUUUUAAAGCUGUCCUCCCUGGAGGAGCUUUUUAACGCUUUCCUUUUAACAAGAGAAGCCAUUAUGCAUGCACCUCAUGUCUGUUUGCCUACACUGCCAGUCAAGUUUGUUUUAUACUUAUUACAUUUCAAACAGUUACAUUGCGGAUUUAGUUUAGAAUCUCUUAAAUUAUAAUAAGUAAGUUAUUUAGAGGUGUCAAGUUCAUGUCUAAUAGUUAAUUUUCUCAACGUAAUAGUCCAUAUUUUGUAGACUACAAUACAUUUGUGCUAUACUUGAUGCUAACCUUUUUUUGUCAGUAUUGGCAAUUGUCCUCACAGUAAGGUAAGACCAAGUGUCCGUAAGCACUGAUACAGCUGUAACACAAAGGGUCAUGGUUUAGUGUUUUGACUGCUACCUUAAAGCGACUUAAGCUCAGUUUAGCUCACCUCAAAUGUUUGAGAUUCUACUCAAAAAAUUACAGUAAAGGUUAUGUGAAAAUGUUCAUUGGCAGUGUACGUAGUGGCAAGGAUCUUUUUUAUUUUUUUAACCACAUUUUCUUUGAAAUCCUGUUUAUUUGUCCUGCACUGGCGUCCAUCAGUCCGUCUCUCCUUCAGUCUAGCAAAUCUAUCGAAAGUUUUUAUGUUGGAGAAACCACCCUGUACAUAUGUUUUCAGGAUCAUAGUUUUAUUUUUGGUGACUGCUGAUCCACCCCUAUUACAUAGAUACAUGCCCCUCAACUGCCUAUGUUAACAGAAGGACAGUGAAACUGUGCUGUCCUCUGUUUAUCCUGACCUGUAUGUGUCACCACAAAUGCUAGGAAGCAUUGUAACAUUAGUGUAAGAACAUAACGUUGAGAGAGCAUGACCACAAGUGUCAUGCUUACACAAAACUAGAGGUAAUCUCAGUUAAGUGAAGACAUAAAUGUAUUUAUUUACCACAAAAGCUUCAUUUUUUUGUAAUGGUGCCACAUAUUGGUAGCUGCACUGUGUGAGGGUACAUGCCCUUAAAUUAUGUUGCUGCUAGUUUAAUGUCUCAAAGACCUGCUUAUCAUUCAACUUCAAAGAUGGACUAUCUGGCUUUAUUGUUGUCCUAUAAUGGCAACAUUUUUAUUAGAAAAAAUGUGUUGUUGGUGGUAUUGUAAUCAAACUUUCUCAUUUUAAAGUAGCUUUGUUUAAAUGCCAGCUUUAUUGGAUAUCUUUUGUUGGGACUCAAUGAGAGGUUUAGUUUGUUUUUAAGUAACCCCAAUCCUGCCAGGAAAAGUCGGCUUGCAAUCCAGUUUGUGUCUCAAAUAACUCAUUAAACACAAAAUCCAAACCCAG